AUGUCAAAACCAAAGGUGGGCAUCAAUGGAUUUGGUCGCAUUGGACGACUUGUGUUACGUGCCGCCGUGGACAAGGGGACAGUGGAAGUUGUAGCUGUCAACGAUCCAUUUAUCGAUCUCAACUACAUGGUUUACAUGUUCAAAUAUGACUCUACACACGGAACAUUCAAAGGUGAAGUUUCUGUGCAUGACAAAAAGUUAUGCAUCAACGGGAUGCGUAUCUCGGUUUAUAACGAGCGCAGUCCGGAAACUAUUCCCUGGGAUAAAGAUUCGGCAGAGUAUGUCGUUGAAUCUACCGGGGUAUUUACGACAAUGGAAAAAGCACAGGCUCAUCUGAAAAACAAUCGGGCGAAAAAGGUUAUCAUUUCGGCCCCCUCACCAGAUUCCCCAAUGUUCGUGAUGGGGGUGAAUCAAGACAAAUACGAUAAGUGCAUGAAUGUGGUGUCGAACGCCUCGUGCACAACUAAUUGUCUGGCUCCGCUAGCAAAAAUAUUACAUGAAAAUUUUGGUAUUGAGGAAGGCCUGAUGACAACCAUUCAUUCGUACACCGCGACUCAACGUGUGGUGNCGUGUGGUGGACGGUCCGUCCUCCAGAUUAUGGCGUGA